CACUGUCUGCUGGCGUGGUGACAGGGUCUGGCUGACCGCUCUUUUUCUCAGAGAAGAAACUACGGUUCCCAGAUACGCUGGCAGCCUCUGGGAGCACCUGCCUGCUAAGUGACGGCCAGGGAAAGGCUGGGGUGUACCCUCCCAGACCUGCACGUCCAAGACAAGAGUCACCAGCACAUGCGGCUGGCGACUGAGCACUGGACCCAGAGCAAGUCCCGAGGUGAUGUGCAGCGGGUGUAAGGAACACAGACCGACUGGGAAGGAAGGAUGUGAACUGUCGCCCUAAUAAUUUUACAUCGAUUACCUGCCAGCAUGAUACUAUUUUGAAUAUAGUGGCUCUGCUCCAGACCUUUGGCUACAAUUCAUACCCGGGCUUGGCAAAAGGCGGUAUACAGCUGGGUGCAGGGGAGCUGGCAGCAUCCAGUGACCAGGCAGAUGAGCUCCCAUGAGAAUUCCUUCCAACCUGCCCAGUUCCUGCUGCUGGUGGGCGUCCCGGUGGCAAGUGCCUUCCUUCUGGUCCAGUGCCUGCGAUGGCACUGUCCUCGCUGGCUGCGGGCCGGCCGGAAGCCGGACAGGCAAGAGGAGCCAGUGCCCGAUCCCACUCCCCUACCCGAAGAUGAGUCCCCACACCAGUACCCACCGGCCGUCCUGUCGGAGAUGGCCGCCUUCUACCAGGAACUGCACACGCCCACCCAGGGCCAGACCGUCACCCGUCAGCUGAUGCACAAGCUGCUGGUGUUUUCGGCUCGAGAGGUGGAUCACCGCGGCGGCUGCCUGAUACUGCGGGACACGGGCAUCUCGCUGCUCAUCCCGCCAGGUGCUGUGGCCGUGGGCCGCCAGGAGCGAGUGUCACUGAUCCUGGUGUGGGACCUGUCGGAUGGCCCGCCAUUGUCCCGAGCCCAGGCGCUGGUGAGCCCUGUGGUGGCGUGUGGACCCCAUGGGACCUCCUUCCUGAAGCCCUGCACCCUCACCUUCAAGCACUGCGCGCAGAUGCCCAGCCACGCCCGCACCUACAGCAGCAACACCAACCUGCUCGACGAUAAAGACUGGAAGCCCCUGGGGAAGUCAGGGGUCCACACCUCCCUGGAUGAGUGUCGCAUCCAGCUCUCCCAUUUCAGCCUCUACACGUGUGUGCUGGAGGCUCCCUCGGGCCAGGAAGCUCGCAAGUGGCUGCAACUGGCAGUGUUCUGCUCGCCGCUGGCACCGGGGCAGACCCACCUGCAGCUGCGCGUCUACUUCCUCAACAACACGCCCUGCGCCCUGCAGUGGGCCCUGACCAACGAGCAGCCCCACGGCGGGCGCCUGCGCGGGCCCUGCCAGCUCUUCGACUUCACUGGGGCCCGAGGGGACCAGUGCCUAAAGCUCAAGUACAUCUCUGAGGGUUGGGAGAACGUGGAUGACAGCAGUUGCCAGGUGGUUCCCCAUCUCCACAUCUGGCACGGGAAGUGCCCCUUCCGCUCCUUCUGCUUCCGGAAGAAAGCAGCCAAUGAGAACGAGGACUGCUCGGCACUAACCAAUGAGAUCAUCGUCACCAUGCACACCUUCCAGGAUGGCUUGGAGACCAAGUACAUGGAAAUCCUCAGGUUUCAGGCAUCAGAGGAGGAGUCCUGGGCAGCGCCACCCCCUGUCUCCCAGCUGCCCCCAUGCAAUAGGCUGCCCCCUGAGCUCUUUGAGCAGCUGAAGAUGUUGUUGGAGCCGAACAGCAUCACAGGCAACGACUGGCGGAGACUGGCCUCCCACCUGGGGCUCUGUGGCAUGAAGAUCCGGUUCCUGUCCUGCCAGCGCAGCCCUGCUGCGGCCAUCCUGGAGCUGUUUGAGGAGCAGAACGGCAGCCUGCAGGAGCUGCACUACCUCAUGACCCUCAUGGAGCGGCUGGACUGCGCCUCCGCCAUCCAGAACUACCUGGGCAGCCCAGCCCAGGUCCGCGUGGGCACCUGGGAGAACCAGGACCUGGAGCUGGAGCUGGACGUGAAGCUCUGAGUGCCCCCUGGGGCGGGGCAGGGUGGACACGGUCCGCAGUGCGGUUUGCCUGGACACCCUGGAAGAACAUAGGUUCCUGGCUGUGCCCACCGACCUCAUCAGAACCUUCAGACCAUGUCUCAGGCCACUGUGAGGCUGGACUGCCCUUGCCAGCCUCCCAGGGUCUGGACCACCUUGAGACUGGCUUUGUUCUGCCUGCAGAUCCCCUCCUGGGCGGCAGGGGGCACAGGAGCCCAGGAGAUGGACCCACAUGGUAGGCCUCUGAGAAGCUAUUUCAUAGACCAACAGACUGUUAGGUUGCAGUGCUGGCACCCCUUGGAGAUUGGUCAGUCCACAGUAUUCACUGAGCACUUGGUGGUACCCAGCAUUGGACUGGGCAUCAUGCGGAAUCCUGGAAUAUUUGGGGGAAUUUGGAGUCUUGACAAGCACACAGUUCUCCUGUGGGAGUCAAGAUGUACUCAUAUGAGCUGAGGGCAAACUCUAAAACAACGGGUAAGGGUGGGCAAAUGUAGGUCUGUAGUUGUGAGUACGGGAAACAGAGUUUAUUCUUGUAUCAUUAUUUAUUAAUUAUUGUAUUAUUGUCCAUACAAACAACUGUAAACCGACUUUUACCCACCCUGCAUCUCCUGCGGUUGGGGAUGUGAGUGUGGUGUGAACUGUAUGCUUCAGGAGUUGAGGAGAGAGGGAGCUAAGUAUAGGCUGGCGCAGGGAGGAUGUUGGAGAGAGACUUGAAUAUGCAGAGUGGUUCGGAGAUGCUUAGGUAGGGGUAGGGGUCGGGGGUGACUGAAGAGGAGGAGCCAGGAGUGAGCAUGGCCUGCUGAGGCAUUAGGCAGCCUGGCCUCAUGUGUGGGAGGUGAGGGUCCAUAGAGGUUGAAGGCCAGAUCUACAGGUGGGCAGUGCUACCUGGCUGUCUACCUGUCUCCUUUGCCUUCCUUUGUCUUCUUAUACACACCUUAUCUCUCUCCCUCUGCCAUUACGUCUGUUAUAAAACAUCAAAGCUGAAAAGAAACUUCAAGAUUAUCAUUCUUGCCCAACCUUUUUAUCUCUUUAUUUCAAACUGUGUGAGCAUUAAAUGACUUCAUUUUGCGGUCACUAUCCAUCCCUGAAUCUGGCUCUCUGUUACUCUGUGCAUUAACAUUUUUUUGUCUCUACUUCAUUGCUGUGCCUGCCUUUGUACGUUUCUUUCUCUGAAACCCUCAGUCAUUCCCCUCAGGCAAGUGUCUCUAAACCAGUGUUAUAUAUCAAAGGCUAUUGAAAGACACUGGGCUAUGCUAGGAAUGGAUGGGUGGGGAUUUUACCUCAUGAAUCAAGACCCAGUUUAGGAUCAGGAAAUAAAGGACAAGGAUUAAAGAACACCCCACCAGUCAAACAAAUGUUUAUUCAGUACCUACUAUGUGUUAAGCACUAUAUAAGAAGAGAUUAAUAGCUGGGUUCCAAAAAGAGAACAAAGGGUUUGACUCUGGCAAUUCUUUUGUUUGCAAACAGGUGUUAAUUUUUUUAAGGGCAGGCGAACAAUCUCUCUGGCAACACUAAACAAUUUGCUUCUGUAUUUAAU